CCAGAGUCCAAUCUCACUUUUAUCUAGGGUAGGCUCUCGGAUCAGAAUUCUUAGAGGCCAUACUCUCCAUAGCCCAUUAGCACCACGUGCCGGGAUUAGAUACGAUGGGCUGUAAGUCUAUAAAAUUAUAAUCUAUCUCCUGACUAACAUUGUAUAGCUACAUACUGAGACAAUAUGGUCACAAACUGAAUCAGAAAACGGGACUGCACUGCAUCACAUUGGUGCUAGAACGCGUCCGUCAACAGCGUGCAGUACAAAGCCUAGAGUCUAUUCCAAGCCCUUCCCAAUUAGAUAAUUGGGUCAUAUUUGAAAAGUAUGAAGGUGACCUAAUAAAAAAGAAGCUAGGAAUUGAAGCAUUUUACACAUGGAAAACCCGGAAAACGCAAGAGCGGGUUGAGCAUCGCAAGUGGUGGCACGCAGCUGAAGUUGUCAAAGAGCUCAGCCUUGGUAAACACCAUCGCGUAAAAGACAUGAAUUAGCUUCAUUACGAAAAUUGUUUUGCGGAUUUCGACCUUCUUGACGCAAGCUAGUUUGGCAUGAUAGGCUUAUAAGUCGAUUCCGUUUUGGCGGGGCCAAGUGCAUUCCGACCCCGCGGCGAAACUGAAACUUGGCUCUACCAUUCGAAGCUCGUGUAGAAGCGCCUAUCAAUAACGAAAAGUCUCGACAAAAUGGGGAAGAACGAUAAGAAAGGUGGUGAUAAAGGAGGAGCUAAAGGCAAAGGCGGCGACAAAGAGGCGAGCGGCAAAGCCAAGGGUGGCCAGGUUGUCAACGUUCGACAUAUUUUGUGUGCUAAGCACAGCAAGAAAGAGGAAGCGCUAGAGAAGUUGCGAGAUGGUGUCAAGUUUGAUGAAGUUGCGCGCGAAUAUUCUGAAGACAAGGCGCGACAAGGUGGUGCGCUCGGGUGGAAGACUAAGGGCAGUCUCGAUCCCGAAUUCGAAGAGGUGGCUUUCGCUCUAGACGCCAGUACGACUUCGAAUCCCAAAUAUGGCGAGGCCAAGACAAGUCACGGCUACCAUAUUAUUAUGGUAAUAUCAAUAUUUAAACGUGCUGUGCACCAGAUCUUGGCUAAUGUUAUCUUAUAGGUUGAGGGCCACAAGUAGAAGGGAUAUGAAGCGACGAUCGCACGCACAUAGGUACAGAAAGUUAUGCCUUCAUCCAUCACAUGCCAAUUGUAUACGCAAAAACAGUUUUUAAAAAGAGACUUUCUUUUAUUUUUCUUUCGUCAUGAACGUAAAGACCGGACCAAUCCAAAUGCCAAAAGAAGUGCCUAGAGUACAAAAACAAUAGUUUCCAUGGAGGUCUCAAACCGAGACUCGCUCCUCUAAACCCUUCAUAUCAACGCCGUUGUUUAAGCCUUAGUUUAUUCCGCAGUCUGGAAGUAGUUCAUGAUGACAGAGCGCUCCUGGGACUCCUCUCCCCAGUCCUUGACGACAACGCAAGAGCAGUUGACGACCUUGCGGGCGUUACCCUCGCGGUCAAGAACGCCUGUUAAAAAUUCAUUAGUACCAUUGUUCAGCACACCAAUAUGACCCGGUUAUACAUACAGAGACCAGCCCACUCGCCGAGCUGCUUGCCAUCCUGGACCUUGAUCAAGGGGAUCUUGUGCUCGUCGCAGAGAGCAGCAACGAGCUUCUUGUAGGCAUCCUCCUCGCAGUUCUCGUUGAGAACGCACAUGUGGGCCUGGCGACGGUCAAGAGCCUUGGAAGCCUCACGGAGACCACGGGCAAGACCGUCGUGCAUGAGAGCCAGCUUCAGGACACCCUUGAGAGCAUCCUGAACGGACAUCUGACCCUUGGGGGCAUCGCCGGAAACCUCGACCUCCUCGACGACCUCGGGAAUGUUGUUGUCUUCUACGUCCGACUGUAGGAUAUUGUUAGCGAUUUGUCCCUAGGCGCAAUGUCGUUGCCUUUUCCCUUCGUCUCGAAUUCACGACCCAGCCACUGCGAUUUGGCAAUUCCCUCCGGCGCCAGCGGCGAGUCGAUAUUUCGAAAAAACAAAUGGUCCUGCUGGUAGCAGUUGGCAAGAGAUCACACUCACCAUCUUGAAUAAUUACUCUUGUCGGCCGAUCCUCGAAGAUUUAAUUGAUGUGUGGGGAGAAAAGGAAAGAAAAGAAAGAGAAUCACAAAUUUUGGGUUGGUUAGAGUAGUACACUGGCGA